CCCAACGUCCUGGGAGGAGGAAGUGAUGAGCUAAACGCGUCACACAAUGUAAAUAUGAAUUAAUACAACGCGAUUUUGACGGUUUGUGCUUUAAAAAGCAAAUCUUCGGUUUAUUCGGGAGUGUUGGUCGAGUUUCAGGCUUUCAGGAAGACGGACUGUGAGGAGAAACCGAGUGAAAUGUGUUACCCGGUUUGUUGCUAGCUGGUCAACUUAGCAGAAUGAAAGACUGAGGUAAAGUUGAGGCUGCAUUCGGUUUCAGACGCGGUGGGGUCCGAGGUUCUGGUUCCGGGUGAGAAAUAAGAAGAGCCUACUUUGUUUUCUGUGAAGAAAAGCGCUGUGCCGGGUUGGUAUGCCGGUAGGUUAUUAACUAGCGUAUUGUUUCACCGGGGAGGACGAGGCUGCUUUGCUCUGUGUCGUUACUGAGCGCGGUUAUGGCGCACAACCACGAAAGUUUAUCCAACUCGGGUCUGUGCGCCGAACUGUCUAUUUCCUUCCAUGAUGAGCUCACGGCGAGCAUCCAAAGCGCCUUCGGUGUCGCUGGAGAGCUCGCGGUGGUCGAGGUGUCCAAACUGGUCGGGAAAGCUUUCCGUGAUGUGCGCGAGCACCUGCACAAAACCCUGCUGGCGAACCGGAACCUCCAGACCAGGCUGAGUCUGGCGCAGACGGAGCUGCGCGCUGCCCGGACCCGCCAGACGCGCGACAUCGCCGUGAACACGAACCCGGUUCCGUCCGCACCACGAAUCGAUUCCUCGCUGGACGUCAACCGGACGCACAAAGACGCCCCCGGUGAUUCGUAUGCGCGUGGCACGGAACCGUUUUGCAAGAUCGAGUGCGCGCAGGACGUUAAACCGAAUCUAUCAGCAGAGCAGUCUGAACACCAGUCACAGGAAGAGAUAAAAGAGGACCAUCGGGCCAUGCAGGAAAACACUUCAUAUGUUGAUCAGGCAUGCAUUGGGGCGGCAAUGGUUCCUGGAGCUUCAGUGGCCCAGCUAAAGGGCUGUAUAUCCUUUGAUUCGGGUCAUGCUGCAAAGUUGGAGAAGGCUGAUCAAUGUGCUCACCCCAAGUCCGACACCGAGCAACAGUUUAGCUCCGAUUCUCUCUCAAUGGCCCAGUCAAAGUUGCUGGAGGACUGGAGACCUGAACCACUGGAGCAUCAGAGCUGCCCAUCAGACUCGUAUGCUUCCUCUGGCAGCUCUGCUCUGGCCAAUCCCUCUCUCUAUCAAGAAGACCUUCCUGGUGUGGACUUCCUUGCUUCAGCUUCCUCCAGCCAGCCAGACACAUGCCACGGACCACCCUCUCUGGGAGAUACCGCCUCCCUAAAUAACCCCGCCCAUAAUCCGCUUUUCCCCACUCGCAGCUCUGGACAAGGGCACGGCUUCGGCCAGUCCUUUUCCAUGCCAGAGGAUGUGUGCAGGCAUCGCGGUGUCCUGCAGCCCAAACUAGCCAGCCAUCAGCACAAAAGUCCCAGGCGCAGCUUGUAUCCUCCUGGGCGGAGUCUGUUUCGCUGUUCACAGUGCGGCCGAGACUUUAACCGCAUGGACCACCUCAAGAUCCAUCAAAGGAUCCAUACAGGCGAGAAGCCAUAUGCUUGCACAGAGUGCACCGCACGUUUCCGACACUCGUGGGCGCUCACGCGCCACAUCCGCAUCCACACAGGCGAGAAGCCGUAUUUGUGCACGCAGUGUGGGAAAAGCUUCCGGAAUUGCGGUGGGCUGCGCUUCCAUCAGAGGAUACAUGCCCGGCAAAGUGGCCUGACAAAUAUUAGACCAAAUUUAGAGGGUUAUGGGAGGACAUGAGGGAAAAUCUUAUGACUUCUCCAUAUAGAAGAAAAGAGACAGUGGAUGAAUUAGGUGGCAGAGUAUGAAUUUGGGUCGUGACGAAAGGUGGCAAAAUGACAAUCAUCAAAAUAAAAAUGUAUUAAGAUUUUACCAUUGUUUUACACAUUUAUGAAGCUAUGACAUGACAAAUCCAAAUGCAGUAGAUUUCUGGGAUCAAAUACAGUUGGGUCCAUAAAUAUUUGGACAGGGGCAACAUUUUUCUAAUUUUGGUUCUGUACAUUACCACAAUGAAUUUUGAACAAAACAAUUCAGAUGCAGUUGAAGUUCAGACUUUCAGCUUUAAUUCAGUGGGUUGAACAAGAUGAUUGCAUAAAAAUGUGAGGAACUAAAGCAUUUUUUAAAACACAAUCCCUUCAUUUCAGGGGCUCAAAAGUAAUUGGACAAAUUAAAUAAUUGUAAAUAAAAUGUUAAUUUCUAAUACGUGGUUGAAAACCCUUUGUUGGCAAUGACUGCCUGAAGUCUUGAACUCAUGGACAUCACCAGACGCUGUGUUUCCUCCUUUUUAAUGCUCUGCCAGGCCUUUACUGCAGCGGUUUUCAGUUGCUGUUUGUUUGUGGGCCUUUCUGCCUGAAGUUUAGUCUUUAACAAGUGAAAUGCAUGCUCAAUUGAGUUGACUGACUUGGCCAUUCAAGAAUAUUCCACUUCUUUGCUUUAAUAAACUCCUGGGUUGCUUUGGCUUUAUGUUUUGGGUCAUUGUCCAUCUGUAUUAUGAAACGCCGACCAAUCAGUUUGGCUGCAUUUGGCUGGAUUUGAGCACACAGUAUGUCUCUGAAUACCUCAGAAUUAAUCCGGCUGCUUCUGUCCUGUGUCACAUCAAUAAACACUAGUGACCCAGUGCCACUGGCAGCCAUGCAUGCCCAAGCCAUCACACUGCCUCCGCUGUGUUUUACAGAUGAUGUGGUAUGCUUUGGAGCUUUUUUUCUUUCCAUCAUUCUGGUAGAGGUUGAUCUUGGUUUCAUCUCUUCAAAGAAUGAUUCUUCCAGAACUGUGCUGGCUUUUUUAAAUGUUUUUCAGCAAAGUCCAAUCUAGCCUUUUUAUUCUUGAGGCUUAUGAGUGGCUUGCACUGUGCAGUGAACCCUCUGUAUUUACUUUCAUGCAGUCUUCUCUUUAUGGUAGAUUUGGAUAUUGAUACGCCUACCUCCUGGAGAGUGUUGUUCACUUGGUUGGCUGUUGUGAAGGGGUUUCUCUUCACCAUGGAAAUUAUUCUGCGAUCAUCCACCACUGUUGUCAUCUGUGGGCAUCCAGGUCUUUUUGCAUUGAUGAGUUCACCAGUGCUUUCUUUCUUUCUUUCUUUCUUUCUUUCUCAGGAUGUACCAAACUAUAGAUUUUGCCACUCCUAAUAUUGUAGCAAUUUCUCGGAUGGGUUUUUUCUGUUUUCGCAGCUUAAGGAUGGCUUGUUUCACCUGCAUGGAGAGCUCCUUUGACCGCAUGUUUUCUUCACAGCAAAAUCUUCCAAAUGCAAGCACCACACCUCAAAUCAACUCCAGGCCUUUUAUCUGCUUAAUUGAGAAUGACAUAAUGAAGGAAUUGCCCACACCUGCCCAUGAAAUAGCCUUUGAGUCAAUUGUCCAAUUACUUUUGGUCCCUUUCAAAACAGGGUGGCACAUGUUAAAGAGCUGAAACUCCUAAACCCUUCAUCUAAUUUUAAUGUGGAUACCCUCAAAUGAAAGCUGAAAGUCUGGACUUUGUCCAUUAUAUAACUAUAACUUGAAUAUGUUUCAGUAAACAGGUAAAAAAAACAAAAUUUGUGUCAGUGUCCAAAUAUAUAUGGACCUAACUGUAUAUGGUUGUCUGGUAUUCCCCAGUUCUCGCGCGUAUAUUUGUGUUUGAAGACGAACUGUGUGGACCCAAGCUGCCUUUUUCUUUUUGCAACUUGGGUGUGGUGUUUUGUGUUUGAUUUGUGAAGUAAAUUUGAGUAUAAUAGUUUUUUUUUUUCAUGGUUUUCUGAACCAAUGAAUGGAUACCUAGAUGCUUUCAAGAUGCUUGUCUUCCACUUGGAGAUGGCCACACAGAAAUUAGUGGGCCACAUGUACUUGUGCAGUAUCAUGGGUGGCAUAGUGGCUAUCAAAACGACUGGCCAGCAGGACCAUGCUGAGCACUUUUCAGAAGAUGGAUGACCCUUUUUGUGUGUGUUUAACUAAUUUUUUAAAGGAGUGUGAGGAAGGUGUUUUAUAAACUAUAUCAAUUAUUGUUCUGAUUUUUAUAUGAAUGAAUUAAACCUGGGAAUCUUAUUUUCACUGGAACUCUCCAAAUAUUAGAAAUGUGAUGAUUAAUUUGGUAUUUAUAAGGAAGUUUUCCUUCAACAGAACAUACAGCUAACUAUGGCUACGUUUACACUAGACCGUAUCUGUCUCGUUUUCUUCGCGGACGCACUGUCCGUUUACAUUAACCCCCCUGAAAAAGCGGGGAAACGGGAAUCCGCCAGCGUCCACGUAUUCAAUCUAGAUCGUAUCAGCUCCGGUGCUGUGUAAACAUUGAGAAUACGCGAAUACGCUGUGCUGAGCUCUAGCUGGCGUCUCAUUGGACAACGUCACUGUGACAUCCACCUUCCUGAUUCGCUGGCGUUGGUCAUGUGACGCGACUGCUGAAAAACGGCGCAGACUUCCGCCUUGUAUCACCUUUCAUUAAAGAGUAUAAAAGUAUGAAAAUACUGCAAAUACUGAUGCAAAUACUGCCCAUUGUGUAGUUAUGAUUGUCUUUAGGCUUGCCAUCCUUCCACUUGCAAGUAAUAAGUGAUCUGCGCUGGGAUCUCACACACAGCGGCUCAGUCCCGAAUCGUGGCUUGUUCACUUCACUCGCGCGCUCUGUGAGCUGCGCAGGGCCGGAGUGCGCACCCUCCAGAGGGCACUCGCUGUUCAGGGCGGAGUGAUUUGGAGCGCAGGAUGCCUGCGGAGCCGAGCGUAUCCGCGUAUUGGUGUUGCUGUGUGCACGGCUAACGGUUUUAGUGUCAACGCGAAUCGUUUUAAGAACGUUAAUCCGAUGAUCCGCUGAUUCGACGUAAUGUAAACGUAGCCUAAUUUUGAAGGGUGUGAUGCCAUAUAUUUUCAUACUUGUCUAGGAAAAGACUCCUAGAUCUGUUCUUAAUUACACUUCGGGGCAAGACAGCAACUUGCUCUAAAAGCAGCCUUUAUUCUUGGGGAUGUGGAUUUAUAUCGCACUCCUGAAACUGAUCUCUGUUUUGUAGAUACAGUAAUUUUGCCGGCAUGUUUUCCGAAAAUCUGUAUGUAUCAGGAAUGUUUCUACAGUGCAUGUUGUCAUUCUGUUGUGACAAAGUGGUUUGAUAUGUGACCAAGUAGACACUUUACUGUUAACUCCCCCCCCCCUUUUUUUUUAAAGCUGCUUUAAGUGCCUAACAACAAGAUGUUACCUUGAAAUUGUUUCUCUCUGUCCAACAUGAAUUUGUCUCAUUCCAGAUGUCGUAUUUAUCACAACAGUGGAAUUAAAGAGUCUCCGACUGCCCUUUAACGAGAUGUUGGAUAUUGCAUGUGAACAACUUCUAAAGAGUUUCCAAUUCUGUUCGAAGAACAGCAUAAUCCAAGUGAUUUAUUUAAAGCAAGACGGCCUUCGAUUUCAUAAAAUCGUGAAAUUUAGUUCCCUCUGAAAUUUGGUCAUCGUGAUGUGUAUUUCUGUAAUAGCUCAAAAAAAUCGGCCAUUCUGUGGCUGGGAAGUAAUUUAUUAUAAGGGGAUUCCUUAGCAAAUAAUGUGCAUGAAAUCGCGCACUUUGCACAGUCAAGCAGACAGAGGAAGUCCGGUGUGCACAUGUGCAAGUUUACCUUUGACCGGGCACUGACCCAGUUACGUCAUUUUGCCGUGAGACGAGGAGCUAAUUAUAACAUUCGCAUUGCAAGUUCAGUACUCAAGUUGAGACAGAAAAUAUGACCGAGCCAAUGGAUCCUACACGUCAAAUGCUGGUUAGUAAGUUUCUCCCUAUUGUAAAUAUUGUAAUUAGUGAAGAACAUGCUGAAAUUAGCCCAAAUAUGUAUCUUUUUGAGGCGAACUUGAGCCUGGCCACUCAUCUUGUUGAAGUCCGUUUUAAUUGAGUGUCUUCUAGCCAAUAUUUGUUAAUCCAUAAUUAAAUUUAUAUAUUGAUUUCACAGUGUAAAUAUUAUUCCUGUGCAUUAGAUAAUUUACAUAGAAGUUCCUUUUUUUUUUCAUUGCGAUGGUGAAGAUUGCUGAGCGAAAAUGUGUGUAAUUAAUUAGACUAUACACCAAUAUUGCACAACUUGUGGUGAACAACCUCUCGAUUCACGAUCAUACUGUGCAGUUUAUUUCGUUGAGCAAGACAGUAUACAGUUCUUUUUCACUGUGACAUUGGCGGCGUUGUCAAGCGCCCGUUUGGAAUGGAGCGCGAGGCUGGUGUGUGUGUGUGGGGUGAGAGGAUCUUUUCCCCUGGUUGAAAUCACAUCGGUACAGUGGCACACAGUUUAUUUUGAAACUGCUGAAAAGCGUGUUUUUUGUUAAAUGACAGUUAAAAAAUAAAAACUAAAGUGACAUUGA